CUACCAGUUUGCCAAGGAGACGAACAGACGACGGAGGUCCGAGUCGGACAGACACGCGAUCUGAGUUUGGUUCAGACCAUUCGCAGCGACCACUCCCAGUUCCCUCGAUACCAGCACAACUCGAAGCUCGUGGCACUCCUCAACAGCUUCGCCAGGACCGAGUGUGAGCUGCCGGCUGGCUGGGAGAGACGCAAGGACACCCGAAGCGGACGAGUGGUGUUUGUUGACCACCAUACCCAGCGCACCACGUACAUAGACCCACGACUCCCGUAUCCUGGCAACAAUCUCUCCAUCUCGUCGACCUCAGUCAGAGGAGUUGCCAGUCGCUCCAGGCCCUAUGCCUCGCCAGACCACCAGCCGCAGCCUCGCAGAAGGAGAUCACGUGAUCCAGCUGCCCCUUCCCCCUCCCCCGCCCCUCCUCCCCUCCUCCCAUUCCUCCCCGUCCUCCCCACACUCUCAUCGACACCGACUCUCCUCCCUCCACUUCCCAAAGUUAUUCGGAGAGGGUGGUGGCGUUUAUGAGUCAGCCGGGAGUCAUGGAUGAGAUCAGGACUCGCUACUCUGAACCAAUUACCAAUGAACUGAGGUCAGCACUGGAGAGUAUAAGAACUAACGGAGUGGCGGAAAUGGUGAGACUGCAAAACGAAGAGGAGACCCUGUUCUUAGACAUCAUGAUUAUCAUCAGUCUGUUCGACGAGGAAAUCUCGCACAAUAUUUUUCCAGUGGCAUCCUCUCCCCCUCCUCCUCCUCUCCUUCCCUCUUCUCUCCCUCCCCCCUCCUCCUCUUCUUCCCUCU